CCGUAUAUCAAUAAAUGUUGCCCGUAAGCACACUACACACUGUAUCUGUUUGAUGACAUCAAGAAGAAAUCCUGAUUCCAAUGACGCUGUCCGUUGUCCUAACCAUCCAGGAGCCAAUCUCGUAGAAGAUUAUCAUGCAGGCGACAUGGUUUGUCCUGAAUGUGGCAUAGUCGUGGGAGACAGGGUAGUAGAUGUUGGAUCAGAAUGGAGAACUUUCAGUAACGAAAAGUCGAGCAAGGACAACUCUCGUGUUGGUGCUGCGGAGAAUCCUUUACUCGGAGGUGGUGACUUAUCGACUGGUGUAGGACACUUGCCUCAUGGAGGUGACCAGAGUCUUGUGCAUAUGAUACAACACAGAUCUUCACAGUCAGGAACGUCAGACAGAAGUUUGGUUCAUGGUCUGAGAGAGAUUUCACAGAUGGCAGACAGAAUCAACCUUCCAAGAAUGAUAGUUGAUGGAGCUAAUGUGUUGUUCAAGCAAGUGGAUUCAGAAAAACACCUGAAAGGACGAAGUAAUGAUGCCAUUGCAUCAGCCUGUCUCUACAUUGCAUGUAGACAAGAACAAGUUCCAAGGACGUUCAAAGAGAUAUGUGCAGUAUCCAAAGUGUCAAAGAAGGAGAUUGGUCGUUGCUUCAAGCUCAUAAAACGUGCAGUAGAAACAAAGGUUGGUCAAGUGGUGAGCACAGAUUUCAUGUCUCGCUUCUGUGCAAACCUUGGUCUUAGCCCUAAUGUACAGCGAGCAGCUAUGCACAUUGCAAAGAAAGCUAAUGAACUAGACCUCUGCCCAGGGAAAGUGUACACGUCUAUAGCUGCAGCAGCCAUCUAUCUAGCAUCACAAACGUCAAGUAACAAGAAAUCACAAAAAGAGGUUGGUGCAGUAGUGGGUGUUGCUGAGACCACCAUCCGUGCCACAUACAAGCUCAUCUACCCUGCCAGGGAGCAGCUGUUUCCAGAGGAUUACGAAUUUACUGUUCCUUUGCACAAACUCCCAACUGUUUGAUACACAAUCUAGCAGUCUCAUACAUAGGAAUAUGUUUUGUCAAAUAUUACUAUUAUUGCAUUAGAACCUCAGCAAGACAUUACUUUGUUCAGUUGUGCAAUAGAACCAACAGAAUGACUAUA